AUGGUGAAAUUAUUGAUUUACUUAUCGAUUCUAACUGUCUGUGUGGAAACUUUGAGUGUUAUCGGUACAACGCAAAGUGCGGGAAUUAUGGGUACUCUCAUGUGCAAUAAUAAACCUGCCGUUAAUGUUAAAGUGAAAUUGUACGACGAUGAUCGUGGUAUUGACACCGAUGACUUAUUAGCACAAGGUAAGACUAAUUCGGAAGGACAUUUUGAGCUUAAAGGAUACACCAGUGAAAUUACUACAAUCGAUCCAAAACUCAACGUUUAUCAUGAUUGCGAGGAUGAAUUGACGCCAUGUCAACGUAAGAUCACAAUUUACAUACCUGAUGCAUAUAUUUCAUCGGGAAAAACACCGAAGAAAAUUUAUGAUGCAGGAACAAUUCAGUUGGCUGGAAAAUUUAAAGGUGAAACACGGGAUUGUCUUAAUUAA